AUGUCUAGGAAACCAGAAAGAAGGAGGCAACCCAGGCUGUUCUCCAAUGACAUGCGUACUCUAUUGUUUGCUUAUGGAGAUGUGCAGCAGCCGCAAUUGGAAACAAUCCAAGCUUUAGAGGAUGUUAUGAUUGUAUUUAUGACCGAUCUUUGUCAUGAAGCAAUGACUUAUGCAACCUAUCAAGGCCGUAAGCACAAACUUAAGAUGGAAGAUUUCAAGUUUGCCUUACGAAAGGAUAGGCUUAAGCUAGGUCGUGUAGAAGAAUUAAUGAAUAAACAAAAGGAAAUUCAGGAGGCCCGAAAGCUUUUCGAUAGCAAUGAGAAAGAGACAAAAGACGAUGAUAUCGAAAAGAAAAGGAGGAAGGAAGCCAAAAGGGCAAUAAAAGAGGCCAAGAAGUUGAAGCUAUCCAAAGGAGACUAA